UUGAUGCUGAACUGGAGCUUGUGAUCUUGCAGGUACCACAUUUAGGAGAUAGAGGCAUAUAAAGGAUACAGAGACAGACAGAGAGAGAGAAAGAGAGAGAGAGGCAAGCAAGGGGGGAGAGUGAGUGUGUGAGGAAAGCACUGACACUAACAGUGAUACACGCAUAGAUACAAAAUAUACAAAAAUAACAGAUCACAUCACUGAGACAUCAGCUUCACUGGGAGACAAUGGGAGACACACAGACCUUGAGAUGCAAAGACUAUGUGAGAAUCAGGAAGCUCACCCUGAGCUUAUAGGGUGAUAGCAGGAUGUGUGUGAUGUGAAUGGCACACUGUCACUGAUGUACAGCCUGGCUUGGCACAGGAGAUGCCCAGAUACCCGCACACAAGUGCACAGCUGAUUGUCGUACCGGGGUGCUGGAGGAUUGGCACAGAAACAUCUGUCCCCAGCCUGGCAUCUGGAUAAUAACAACUAGGAGCUAAAACCAAGGACUAGUCUCUGUACAAAUCAAUUCACUGCCGGGAGAGCAGCUAGAUCCCAAUUAUGACGAGUGCUGAAGCUGCUGUGGACGUUUGAUUGGCAGUGCCCAGGAGGUUUUGGGCCCCUUCGAUAUUGCCCUUUGGGGAGAGAGGGUGUGAGGGAGAGAAUGAAGCAUCUUGCUGCGUUCGAGAAGCAUGAGGUGGCACCUGUACACCCGCUCUGAUUGGGCAUGGCUGGUGCUGGCAUGGAUGACUGUAAUGCUGUGUUUGGUAUCUGCCACGGCAACAAUCUCUAGGCAACAUGGCUCUGCCCCAUCACCUGGUCAGGCGUCACUGGACUGGUUGCUUAGUAACAGGGGACCCUUCCAUCGAGCCCAGCAAUAUGUGGACUUUGCAGAGCGGUACCAGCAAGGGUAUACCACCAGGUACAGAGUUCACAGGGAGUUUGGUCGCUGGAAAGUGAAGAACAUGGCGUUGGAGAGUAAAGAGUUUCCAAACCUAACUUUGGCUCCUGAACUUGUCCGGAACAUCCGCCAGUUGGGCCGACGACCCUCUCUGACUCAGAUUACAGAAACCCUGAUUAAAAAGUAUGGCACACAUCUCCUGGUUUCUGCGGUUUUGGGAGGGGAAGAGUCUCUCACUAUGUAUGUGGACAAAGGGAAACUGAAGCGAGAGGCUGGCGUGCGUGGAAACGCAUCAACCCCCACGUUAGACACUUUACACCAACUGGCUGCUUCAUAUUUCAUGGACCGAGAGAGUGCAUUGAGACAGCUGCACCAUAUUCAGAUCACCUCGGGAGCCAUUAAGGUAACGGAAACCAGAACUGGUCCUUUGGGGUGCAGCAACUAUGACAAUCUGGAUUCCGUUAGCUCGGUACUGGUGAUGGGUCCGGAGAGCAGAGUGCAGCUUCUUGGACUGCAGGUACUUUUGCCUCAGUACUUGCGUACAAGAUUUGUGAAGGCUGCACUGGCCUAUAUUUCGUGUAACUCCCAAGGAGAGCUCGAAUGCCAAGGAGGAGAAUGCUGGUGUCGCUGCGAUACUGCCUACCCACAAUGCAACUGCCCCGCUGAGGACAUUCUUGUGCUGGAAAAGAGUCUGGAACAGAUGCAAGAACAGGCUGACAGUCAGAAUAAAGAGUUUGAGGACUCAGUUGAAUUCCGUUCUUUUCUCAAGAAUCUGCCUACAGACCGUUUCCUUAACAUCACAGCUAUCUCUAAGCUCUGGAACGCCGACCUCCAUCUUAUUCGGCGUUAUGAGCAGCUAAGAGUCGGCUUCAAACAGCUCUUGACCAAAUCUCAGCGCCAAAUGCGACGCCUGAUUAACCUGAGCAAUCACUGCCUGAGCCAGCCUCAGUUCUCACUUCUACGGGAGAGAUCUGUUACUUAUUGGUGGCAUCGGACUCAAUCUCUCCUUUACUGUAGUGCAUCACUCAUCUCGGGCACUUUCCUAGAGGCCUCCUUCAGUUGUACCUGCACUAUCCAGCAUCCCAAUUGUCAGGGAUCUAUUCCUUGUAUCCAGGGACCUGGUCCCCUGUGUUCUCUUUGUUCAUCAGUGCACCAUUCCCUGUGUGCCAGCUGCAACCCAGGAUACACUCUUUCAGCUCAAGGCCUGUGUGUGCCUAUAGUGCCUGAGUCCUCGGAACCUUAUCUAGGAACAGAAGGUAGCUUGCAGGACCUGGAAGUUAAAUACCUACUCCUUAAACGUGAUGGACGCUUAAGAGCACCAGCUUUCUUUAUCUCGGGUGAUCUGAGGCUAGGCAUGUGGUUCCAGAUGGGUGGGAGGAAGCGCAUGCUAUUGACCUGCAAGAGCAACAAGCACUGGCCACGGCAGCUGCAUUUGCUGUUGGGACUCUCAAUGCGCCUCUGUCUAGCCGGGAAUGAAACCCGAGACCCUCAAGUGACUGUCUAUGUUAACCCUUUUGGAGGCAGCCACUCUGAAAGCUGGUUGCUACCUGCUGGGGAACAAGGUUACCCUAGCUGGGAGAAGACAUGGGAUAUCGAUGGAGGAGACCGAUGCCAGAACUGGACUUUGAUAUUAGGCCAUCGUUGGAGGUCAUUUUUUGAAACUGUUCACUUUUACAUGAGGAGCAGCCCACUAGAGGAGGAAGUCGAAGAAGAUUCAGUUGAAUGGACUGACAAGCAGACUCUCGAUGACAAAUUAGAGAACCCAGAAUAUGUUCGCAUUGAUGGUCUUCAAGCUUUUGGGUAUAGUGUUCCCUUUGACCCGGAGGCUAUCAGGGGUUUAGCUCUCCAAAUGGACCAACCUGGGUCACGGGAGGGGGCCCUGCUUGAAAUGCAAGAGUUGAGAAAGAGAGUGAAUUUCUUGUCCCCACCAGGUGCUCGUAAGCUAGACCUCUUUACCUGCCUACUGAGACACCGACUGAAGAUGAGCAGUAAUGAGGUGGCAAGAAUACAGAGCCAGCUUGCUGCAUUCAGCAGUCAGCCUCCAAAUAUCUCAAUGUAUGAAACAACCAAGCUCUGUAGCUAGAUUCCCCUAAAUACUGGAUUGUUUUUUAGCCCCUACAAUCAUUCCAGAGAAGAUGACUAAUUAGACCUAAGUAUUCUGUAUAAAAUGUCUUCCUUUUUGUGCAGUGCAUUUUCUUAACCACUUUAGUGCACACAGAAUCUGCAAUGUCUCCUAAUUAGAAUUGCAAACUUCUCGAUCACAAAAGUGGUUAAAUCAGCAAAAUAAAGGAAACAAAGACAAAUCGUAAAUGUUCAUUUUAGCAGGUAUGCUCAAAACCUAUUUGUAUAAACAGAAUGAAGCAACAUCUGAUUCAGAGUUGAAUAAUGUUGAAUACCAGGGUGUAUGUAGUUUGUGCUGGUAGACAGACAGUGUUCUAGCAAGGGGAGAGCUGUAACAAUUUCACUGAAAUAAUGACAGUGCAGGCAAUUCACAGCUUAAGCCAUAUUCAAAGAGAUCAGCGAUGAAACUAUUAAUACUCUCAAUAUUUUAACAUGGAAAGCCUCUGAAUGUUAUCACCUUAUGGUGUCUCACAGUAACAAGUCAAAACGAGAAUUAAACUGUAGCACUGUUAUUGAAAGUGCAAAUCGGAAUUCAAGCUUACAUGAAUUUCCCAUCAGUCACAACUCCAAACACCCUGUGUUUUUCUACCUGUAUUGCUGUUGGUAUUAGCUAACAGCAUCUUUCUCUCCUUAAAAGCCUUAUUAUGACCACCAGUGACAUUUACAAGAGUGUUUUCUUGUGGUACAAAAGGGGUUAACGGAGCUCAGUCAUUGAUUAUAAAAGGUCAUAAAAUUGCAAAAACUGAAAAAAAGCACAAGAAAAUAUAAGACUUUACAGUGA